GCUUGUAUCUGUGACUGACUAGAGAGCAUCGCUCCGCGCCCUGCAAAGUUACGUUAUUAUCUCCCCUGUCUCUCUUCUCUUAUUGGAAAAGUUAACUAUCACGCCAACCAAAGGUGUCACACACAAUAUCUUGACAACACGUAUACAUGGCAAUCAAACAUGGGUUCAAAAAAUUGAGAUUUCGGAUCACGGCUUCUGGGAUUUCUGGGAUUUCUGUCGUCGGCAAGCCAAGAUAGCGCAUGUCGGCUUUUUUUUUGGUGGGGGUUUGACAGGAACUCCGAAGCCCCGGAGUAAUUUAUGUUCGAGGUGCAGAAGAGCACGCGGGGGUGAACUGCAGGGAGCCAUAGAUUAGUCAGGCGGGCAAUAGAUGAACCAUUGUGGCGCCAGAGCUGUUUCUUGUUUCCUACCGCUUAUUGCAGUGUCAAACAAUUCAGCAUCAUCAUUUUCGUUCUCUGUUCUCUGUUCUCGCAGUUGGCUGGGUGCCGACCCCAAAGAUUUACGCACUGACUUAUCGGACUGAAUGCUAGGAUUGUGAUCUGGAGGCAAGCUUGAUCGAGUCUGUGUGUACAAGUGAGACUGGGAACAACCACGAGCACCAUCACAAUGUCUCGGUCUCUCACUCUGAAGAAAAUUGAUGGCAAGCCUGGCGAGGUGUACUAUCCCCUCCAACUCAACAACAACCCCAAGCCCGUCGCAGGGCCGGGCGAGCUGCUCGUCCGCCUCCACGCUGCGGCCCUUAAUCACAGAGAUCACUUCCAGCGCCAGCAUUUGUACCCGGCCAUCUCAUUCGAGCACCCGCUUCUCGCCGAUGGCUGCGGCGUCGUCGAGGCCGCGGGUCCGAAUGCCUCAUCUUCCAUCAUCGGUAAACGUGUGAUACUAACGCCGUCCCGCGGCUGGGAUUCCGCGCCUGAAGGACCCGAAGACGCAUUCUUCACUAUCGGCGCACACACGGGGACGGACUGCGGCACGGCGCAGGACUACGUCGUCAUCCCUGAGGCCGAAGUCGAGCUCGCGCCCGAGUAUCUCAGCACCGCUGAGGCAGCGGCUUUACCACUGGUCGGCCUCACGGCCUGGCGCGCCUUCGUGACGAAGAGCGGCAACGCUCUUCCGGGACGGAAUAUCCUCAUCACAGGUAUCGGGGGUGGCGUCGCGCUCUCAGCGCUGCAGUUCGCCGUCGCCGUGGGGUGUAAUGUGUACGUUACUUCUGGGUCGCCCGCGAAGCUCGAGCGCGCGAUGGAGAUGGGGGCGAAAGGCGGGGUGUCGUAUCGCGAUGGCGACUGGAACAAGAAGCUCACUGCGCUGCUGCCGAGCGACAGGCCGUAUCUGGAUGCCGUUAUCGAUGGUGCGGGGGGCGAUAUCAUGGCGCGCGUGACACGGCUGCUGAAGCCGGGUGGUAUUGUCUCGACGUAUGGGAUGACGGUCGGGCCAAAGAUGGAUUGGCUCAUGUCCGCCGUCAUGCGCAACAUCGAGCUCCGCGGGUCUACGAUGGGAUCGCGCAAGGAGUUCGCGGAAAUGGUGGCCUUUGUGAAGAAGCAUCAGAUUCGCCCUAUCGUGAGCCGGGUUGUGAAGGGCUUGGAUAACAUGUCCGAGAUCGAGGGCUUGUAUGAGGAUAUUCGCGAGGGGCGACAGUUUGGGAAAUUGAUCAUUGAGAUUGUUCCCGAUGAGAAGGGGGGUGCAAAGUUGUAGAUCAGGAGAAAUACCCUCACUGCUUAGGAUGGUAUAGGAGGAGGCAGCAGAUUUCUUUCCGGUUCUGCGAUACAUUCAUUCUCUCUUUAGAAUGGGUAGGAGGGCUAAACUCUCUUACUUUGGGGAUAUGGUAUGAUACAUUUGUUUGGCGGCUUCCCCAAUUCAGCGUCGCCUUGAGAGGAUAUACUGCAAACCUAGAUAUCUACCUAGACAAUACGAUAUAAAUACAAAGAUCUACAC